GAUGGAGGUGAUUGUUCCUUUAUUUCAUCCACAGCUACCACGAAGCCUCGGAGUUAGGCCGAUGACUGGUAUUUUGUUACACGGGCCGCCUGGGUGUGGGAAGACUAAACUGGCUCAUGCCAUUGCUAAUGAGACUGGAGUUCCAUUUUAUAAGAUUUCUGCCACUGAGUUGGUCUCUGGUAUAUCAGGUGCAUCAGAUGAAAAUAUACGAGAGUUGUUUUCUAAAGCAUACAGAACUGCACCGUCUAUAGUUUUCAUUGAUGAGAUUGAUGCGAUUGCUUCAAAAAGAGAGAACCUUCAAAGGGAGAUGGAACGGCGCAUUGUGACACAACUGAUGACUUGUAUGGAUGAAUCUCACAGAAUUGCUAAACCAGAUGAUACGCCAAAAAAUGCGAAGACAUCUGAAUGCAAACCGGGAUAUGUCUUGGUUAUAGGCGCUACUAAUAGACCUGAUGCUGUUGAUCCAGCAUUAAGAAGGCCCGGACGUUUUGACUAAGAGAUUACUUUAGGUGUUCCAGAUGAAAAUGCUAGAGUGCAGAUUCUUUCGGUGCUUACACGCAAUUUGAAGCUUGAAGGUGCUUUUGAUCUUGUCAGAAUUUCUAGGGCCACUCCAGGAUUUGUUGGAGCUGAUUUAGCGGCAUUGGUGAACAAAGCUGGUAACCUUGCUAUGAAGAGAAUCAUCGAUGGAAGGAAGCUAGAGCUUUCUAGAGAAAGUACAGACACAGAACCAAAUGAAGAUUGGUGGAGGAAGGAAUGGACUUCUGAGGAGAUGGAAAGGCUUAGCAUCACAAUGUAUGAUUUU